AGAAGGAAAUGGAGUGGAGCUACAUUGCUUCAAGCCGAAAACGAAGAACAAAAAAUGGAGGAAAAAUGGGUUGGAGCAAUUGUACUGUUGGUUUUGGUAAGUGGGUGGUAUUGUUCUUGUUGUUGUGGGUGUUUGGAGGAAAAGAGAAUUGCCCUCUUAAACUACAAACAUUCAAUCUCGCCCCCAAAUGGCAAUUCUCUAGCACCUUUGAGAGGGCAUGGUGAUUAUUGUAAGUGGGUUGGGUUUGAAUGCAACGUCACAACAAAGAGAGUGAUCCUGCUCUCUCUUAAUUAUGCUAGGGAUUUGGAAUUCGAUGGUUGGUAUUUGAAUUCUUCUUUGUUCUUCCCCUUUGAAGAGUUGAAGAGUCUUUUCUUGUGGGACAAUGGGAUACAAGGCUUCAUGAAAGAUGAAGUUGAUUCCUACUCUUUCCACUAGAACGCUAUUUUUAAUUAUUCAUUUUGUGGGAAUAUUAUGGGUACUAUAAUUUUCAGCUUUGGAACACAACUAACUUCAUUUUUCAAUUUCCAGCAGGUUUAGAUAGGUUAUCAAGCUUAAACCAUUUGGAGUUUCUUGAUUUGAGUUCCAAUGGUUUGUCUUAGAGCAACAUUUUCACAUCUCGACAAGGGCUUUCAUCUCUUAAGUAUCUGAAUUAAUCACUUAAUUGAAUUACAGGACCAGUCAACAAUAGAGAUGAUUUAUCAAGGUUGAGUUGUUUGGAGUUUCUUGAUUUAAGUUAUAACCAAUUGGACAAUAGCAACCUAUCAUCUUCGGCAGGUAUUUCAUCCUUAAAAGUGUUAAAUCUAGCAGGCAAUAAGAUGGAAGGAAGUCUCCAUAUUCCAGAUACGAGAACUUCAAGCACGCUAGAGGUCCUAAAACUAAGAGGGAACAACAUCACUUGUGGAAGCUGUCUACUAAAGUCAACCAGCUCAUUCCCUUUAAUUAAGACCCUUCAUCUUAUUGGCAAUACAUGUACAUCUAUAGAAUCAAUGACUGCUAAAGAUAUUCAAACUUUCAAGGAGUUGGAAGUAUUACUUUUGGAUGCAUCUUCUAUUCAUAAUAAUUUUCUUCAGAGUGUUAGUUCCCUCAAAGUUUUUUUUUUUGUCCUCCUAUGAGCUCAAUGGAACUUUGCUGGGUCAAGAUAAGAUGUAUAAUUUUCUCGUUAGAAUUAUGAUUU